AUGAAUAUCUCUUCCAAGCACAAACCCAAUAGGAAAUCAAAGUACUAUGAUGCAUAUGAAAGUUUCAGUGAUUUAAUUGGCCCAUCAGAAUCAGCAUCAAUGUUCAUCGCUACAAAGCAGCUACGAAAAGAUUCAAAUGCUACUAAUUCAUUUGAGCUAUCUGCAAGAAUGGACUCACAAUCUACUAUUUUCUCUAGCAAUAGGUCAAAUAGCCAUAAUUCUUACAAGAAAAAAACAACAGAGUUACUUCCUCCUCAGUUAGUUCACAAAAAAAGCACAAAGCCUCCAAAUGCACAGAAUUUCGCAAAUGUCCGUUUAACUCAAGAAAUCGAGCUUGUUCAAGGGAUUAAAAGUAAAAUUUGGAUAAUUAAAUUCUCGCCUUGCUGUAAAUAUCUACUCCCACCCUCUAUAAGAGUGGAAAGUAUUUUUGCUCACUUUUUAGAUAUAUGCUAAUUUUAUAUUUAUAUCUAUUAAAAUUAUUUUAAAAAAUCAAAAUUUGUCGAUAUUUCAAAAUCACAAUCUAGUCCAAUAUAUAAAUUUAUGUUUAAUAAUGAAAUUUGUGUAUAAUUUAAAUGAAAGCAGCCAAGGACCUCCCUAUAACAAUUAUUAAUAAUAAAGGAAAAUAUUUAUAUAUAAAAAUCAUUUAAAUUAAUUUUUUUGCUGGCUCUUAAAUGGGGUUAGCAAUUGCAGCAGAAACUGGAAUUAUCUCUAUUUAUGAUAUUAUCCCUCCCAAUUCAAAUUCCUCACAGUUGAUAUCAAAUAUUCCAAGGAUUAUAAUGGCAGAACACACUAAAGCAAUCACAGAUAUCAGUUGAAAUGCUCAAGGCUUUCUUAUUAGUUCUUCACUGGAUGGCACAGUUAAGAUAUGAACGAAAAACCAAGAGCGCUCAUUAUUUACAUUGGAAAAUUUUAAAAGGGUUUACUCAGUGUGCUUUCACCCAAUUUAUCAAGAUCAUUUUGUUACGGCUAGCGAUGAUCGUCUAAUAAGGGUUAUAAAAUAUCCAGAACUCACAAAUGAAGGGCUGUACCAAACCUCUCACAAAGUAACAGUUUUAUGCUAUUCCCCUAACGCAGCUUUUUUAGCUGCUGGACUUGAAAAAGGGGAGGUUCUUAUCUAUAAAUCCAAAACUGGCUGCAGAUUGAGGCUUAAAUAUAAACUUAAGUGCAAAAACCGAUUCGGAUUGAGAAGUUUUGGCAGAAAAGUUACUUCUUUGCAAUUCAUGGAUGAAGAUUAUUUAUUAAUCACUACUAACGAUUCCAGGAUUCGGCUAUUUAAGUUUAAAGAAGAGCUAAUGGUGCAGAAAUACAAAGGAAAUAUAAACUUGAAAUGCCCAAUCAGAGCUGAUUUAUCAUUUGAUAAGAAAUUCGUGAUUUGCGGUUCAGAGGAUGGGCUGUUUUAUAUUUGGAAUUCAUUGAGGGUUUUUGAAAGCAGAAGUCCUGGGAAGAAUGGCGAAUAUGAAUGUGUGGACGUUAGAGGGGCCAAAAAAUCUGAAUUUACCUGCUUUGCACCAGAGAAGGUUGUAAAAGCAGUUAAAAAAAGAUUUAAAAAUAAGACAGGGCAAAAGAUUGGGCAUAUUAUUUUUUCGAUUGGGGCUCAAUCGAACUUGAAAGUGUUUUACAGUAUACUGUAA